CAGCAGCGUGUCGUCCACCAGGCCAGCAGCACCGUUGUCUACCCGACGUUGACGGCGACGAACUAUUUCGAGUGGGCGCUCAUCAUGAAGGUGAACAUGGAGGCCCAAGGCGUGUGGGACGCUGUCGAGGGUGGCGGGAGCUUUAGCGAGGAUAGGGUGGCGCUAGCGGCAAUUUUGCGAGCCGUGCCACCGGAGAUGCUCUCCACGCUUGCCGUGAAGGCGACGGCAAAGGAGGCAUGGGACGCCAUCAAGACCAUGCGUGUGGGCGAUGAGCGUGUCCGUGAGGCCAAGGCACAAACUCUACUCAAGGAAUUUGAUUCCGUUCGCAUGCGGAGCGGUGAGACGAUCGACGACCUCACCAUGCGCAUGAACGGACUCGCCAACAAGAUUCGCACCCUCGGUGAGACCUUCGAGGAGGUGAAGGUCGUGAAGAAACUUCUUCGGAUCGUGCCGUCCAAGUACACCCAGGUAGCUAUUGCAAUUGAACAGCUUCUUGAUCUUAAAACCAUGUCCAUGGAGGAGCUUGUGGGAAGACUCAAAACGGUGGAGGAUAGGAGCGAUGCGGACGACGGCGUCGACAACAAUGACCAUGGCGGUGGAGGUCAAUUGCUACUCACAGAGGAGGAGUGGCGUUCUCGCUACCGCGGCGGCACCAGCAAGAAGAAGAGUACAUUCGACAUCCGUAAGGUACGAUGCUACAACUGUCAGGAGUAUGGGCAUUUCUCCAAGGAUUGCACGGCACCAAGGAAGGAGCAGGCACAUCUCGCCUUCGCGACCGCCGACUACGAGCCGGCACUGCUGUGAUGGUCCACGAGGAGUUCUAAAUAAAUGACAACAAGAUUAAGGGGGUGAUUGUUGGAGUUAAUCUUGUUGUUUAUAAUUUUAUUAUGUUUAAUUUAGUUUAUUCUGAGUCAUUGAUGCAUUUUAGACUAGAGUGUUAGUGCACGGCGGGAUGAGUCAUGCCAAGUAGUGUGCGUCGCGUGACACCGUGCAUGUGUUGUAACGGUACUAAUGUGCGUAUGUGCCGUUGCAUUAGUGUUAGUCUAAUUUGGGUCAAUUAGUUAAGUUGCACAUUAGGUAAUUUGCAUUGGUACGUAUUAUUUAAGUCAUUUAGAUUAAUGUUAAUUAGUUGCAUGCACAUAUCAUGUACGUACUACUACGUAGUGGGUGAGUGGCAUGAUGGGUUGUAACCACAUACAUGUACGUGGAUUGUUGUGUUUAUAAAUGAAAAUCGGUGAUGAGCCACAAAAAAAAAAAAAAAAAAAAAAAAAAAAACAGAAAACCCAUGCUUUAUUAUUCUUUAUGCACGUACACAUGCUUUGUGCUUAAGAUCAAAAUACUCAGCCUAUUCUUCUUUCCCCGGUGAUCAAUCCCAACAAGCUUCUCCAGUAUUUGUUCCAUUAUACGAUGGGCCUUCCUUUGCCAUGCAAGGAGAUCAAGACAGAGGACCUUUACGGCGAAAAGGAACCCUGGGAGAUCUUCGGAGAUCAGCCGGAGGCGGAGGAGGGAACCGCCGUGAAGUAUUUCUACUCCACGCUCAAGAGGAAGAGGGCCGCCGGAGCGAGGUUUGAGCGAGAAGUGGGGAAGCCGGCGGAGACGACGGGCGAUGGUGAUGAUGACGGGUCAACGACCCGGAAGAAGAAGAGGAUGAAGUCUUCGCGCGGUCAAUGGCACGGCCAAGAUAGUGCCCAACCCGUCAUGGAUGAUGGGAACGGCGGCGCCGCCGCCGCAGUGAUGGGCUUCAAGAGGAGUUUCGUUUACAAGAGAGAAAAGUCGGACCAAAAUGGCCGUUGGCUUCUCAAAGAGUAUUUCCUCAACGAAGUAUUUCCUGAAUUUGCGGGCAAGAAGGACUUCGUUCUUUGUAGGCUCAAGAAGAAGACGAAAAAAUAAUUUAUUAAUUCAAGAAACCAUUAAUUAAUUAUAUUAAUUCAUUGAUCGAUUAAAAGCUCCUUGAUUUGGAUCGUUUAAUUAAAAGCUCUUUUGUUUUAUUUGCAACCAUGUACUCCCUCCCUCCCAAUUUGUUUUGCAAAGUCAACAUUUUUGGUCAACCAAUAAUAAAAGUCAA